AUGAAUCCUACUGAGAACAACAACGAAAGCUUCAACUUCCUGAAUAGCCCUCAGGCCCAGAGGGAGGAAAAUGGCCUGGAGGGUGCCAACGGCCCCAUAGCUGAGGAGGGGGAGGUAGAGGCUGCUGCCACCCCCUCAGGGGAUGCAUCUGUUGGAGAAAUGAUGGGUUCUCCCCAUAAUACUGAGAGAGCCUCCUCUCCCCCCACUGCCGAGGCCUCUGAUACAGGGGCACCAUCUGUGGAGGCCUCUGGAAAUUCUGUAGGGGAAGCGGCCGAAUAUGAAUCUCCUUUUGAGGCUGCACUGAAUAGAAAGAUAGUUAAUUUGGUGAGAUUCCUGCUCGUUAAGUUUCGAAGGAUGGAGUUAACCAGUAAGGCAGAAAUGAUGCGUAGGGCUAUGAGAAAUUAUGAGGAAUACUACUCUGUGAUCUUUAGUAAGGCCGCUGAGUGCAUGAUGCUGAUCUUUGGUGUUGACAUGAUGGAAGUAGACCCGUUUAUUCACUCUUACUUUCUCUUCCCUGCCCUGGGGAUCACUUAUGAUGGGUUGCUUCAUGGAGCUAUAGGCGUACCCAAGACAGGCCUGGUUUUAAUUGUGUUAUCUAUCAUCUUCAUGGAGAACAACUGUGCUAGUGAGGAGGUGUUCUGGGAUGUGAUGAGUACCCUAGGGCUCUAUGCAGGAAACAAUCAUUUCAUAUUUGGCGAGCCCAGAAGUCUCAUCACUGAGGACUUUGUGCAGGAAGGGUAUGUGCAGUAUAGGCAGGUGGCUAACAGCUGCCCUCCUCGCUUUGAGUUCCUGUGGGGCCCAAGGGCCUAUGCUGAGACUACCAAGAUGAAAGUCUUGAAUUUUUAUGCCAGCAUCGUUAAGCAGGAUCCCAGAUCCUUCCCUGAAAGGUAUGCUGAGGCUUUGAGAGAAGAGGAAGAGAGGGCCUAG